AUCAUAAAAAAACAUUUGGGGCCAGUUGAGCUUUUAUUGAGAAUGUCCGGACCGGAAGUGUAAGCGUGCAGUGUGUCAAGCUUGUUCUCCCGCCAACACUUUGGUGCCAGAAAGCCACCGCGCAAGAAAGCAAGGGCGACACUUUUCUAACCUUUGCAACUUUUUAACAUGGCAAAAAGUUUGACGAGCUCAUGACGGACGUCACGUCACGGCGGGGCGCGAUGACGGCAUUUGGGGUCAUCUAAUAUGGUGCCCGGAAAAAAAAAAAAAAAAAGUGAAGCGCGAGGACGCGAGACGUCGUCAGGAAUCUGGUUGCCGAGGUUACCACACCGCUGAUGUCUCGUUCCACUGCUGCGUGGGCGUGAGUGCAGGCGUCCGAGCUGACAAAACAGGAGAGGAAGUUUUUUUUUUUUUUUUUUUUUGUGCAUCCAGGUAAGAAUUAUCUGUUGUCAAAUCUCACACUUCCAACGAGUGCAAAGUUUGAACAUGCAUGCUCCAGACAGGAUGUGAAAUGUGUGUGUGUGUGUGUGUGAGUUACGUGAGGUGAUGCAAAAGGGGCAUGAUGGGAUCUCUCCGGCGCUCCAGACCACGUUUCAUGAGUUCCCCAGUUCUGUCCGACUUGACCCGCAUCAACGCUGGACCCAACACGCUACACACAUGCAACAGCACUAUCUGGAAUUGCGUCCAAUCAGCAGUGAUGAAAGUCUUCCGGGGCGGAGCUCUGCAGCCGAAUGAGCUCUACACGCUGAAUGAAAACAUCAGGUGGCUGCUGAAGAGCGAGAUGGGCUCCUUUGUCACGGACUACUUGCAGAAUCGUCUGCUGACGGGCGGCCUGACGGAACUUCUAGAGCGCAUCUUCGUUUCUGGUGAUGAGCAGCUAGCGGCGGUGAGCCAAACGUGGCGAUGCUUCUUCACUGAGACGCUGCCCACCCUGCAGGCCAUCUUUUACCCGCUACAGGGUCAGGAGCUGUCGGUGCGACAGAUGGCCCUGUUAGCCUUCCGAGACUUGGUGCUGCUGAAGCUCCCCCUGGAGGACAGUUUGCAAAGCGCGGAGAACGUGCCGCCCCCAAUCACGCACAUGUUGCUGGUGCUGCAGGGGGUCCGCGAGUCUGGCGCAGAGUCCAGCUCGCGUUUCCGUCAUCUGGAGCGCCUGACGGCCAUGGUGGUGUCACCGUACCUCAGCGACAUCGUCACCGUGGAGCUCCAGCCCUCGGAGUGCUGCGGCAGCAGUUUGCCCUGGUUGCUCGGUGAUGGAUCCUACCCUGACGUGUGCUCGUCAUUGGCGCCCCUGGUGGAGCAUGAGGGCGAAGCCUACCUGGAGAAGGCGGGCGGCAUGCGGCGCCACACGGUGGCCAACGCACAUUCUGAUGCGCGCCUGCUUACCGGCAGAAUGCGCUGCAGCACGGCAGUGGCCGACGGUGCCCGGCCAGGCGGCGCCAGCGCCAAACACUUUGGCAGCCAAACCAGCGUCAAGGACUCCUAGCAAUAGCGGCUAGCUCGGGAAGUACACUCAGACCGGACAGGACGUCCAAGUGCAGGAAACUGCAGCUGUUUACAAAGUAAAACGCUGUUCUUCCUGCUAAUGGGCUAGGACGAAACAUGAGAAGAUGAGGAUGAAAAGCAAUCUUGAAAAAUGAGAACAGGACAAAGAUAAAUUUAAGGACUCCCAGCGAAAUGUCUUCCAUUUUGACUUUGUACUUUUUCCACGGUAAAAAAACGCUUGCCGACAAAUUUCCUUUAUUGUGAAAGAUACUUGAGUGACAGCCUGCAUUUAACACUGAACUUUUACCUCUGACCGUAGAGUGUGUUGCGGUGUAAUCAGAUAACAUAGUAAGGUGCUUCAUGAAAUGUUUUGUAAAAGAUAGGUUCAUUAAAUUUCAACAUUUUCCAAA